UUUAGUGCUUGAUCCACUGAGAAAAGGCCCCAAAAAGGAAGAGCUACCAAUCAUGUCUUCCAUGAACGUUGAGACCAUCGAAGGCACCGGAAAUGAGAGAUCGAACGGCGGUGAUCAGCCCUCUCCCACGGGCAGAAGAGGCGUCAAGUGGGGCCUGCUGCUGAUAUGCAUCACGUUCAUGGGCAUUGGCACGAUUGGCGGCCCACUGCUGCAACGGCUAUAUUUCCUGCAUGGUGGGAACCGGAAAUGGCUAUCGAGCUGCCUGCAGACGAUCGGCUUCCCUAUCAUGUUCCUCCCUCUACUGGUCCUCUAUUCGAAAAACCUCAGGCUGGGGAAAUCCAAGCCAUUCAUCAUCAAGUCCAAGCUCUUCAUGGCUGGUGCCUUCUUAGGCCUCUUCCUAGGCUUCGACAACUAUAUGUACUCGGUCGGUCUAGCUUAUAUUCCCGUCUCGACAUCAUCUCUCCUCUUCUCAACGCAGCUCGCGUUCACAGCCAUCUUCGCAUUCCUCAUUGUUAAGCAGAAAUUCACAUACUAUUCUAAUAACUCUGUAGUGCUGAUGACUCUCGGUGCAAUCAUGCUCGCUCUCCACACGAGCAGCGACCGACCUCCGGGGGUCACCAACACCCACUACUUCCUGGGCUUUUUCUUCACAUUGGGCGGGGCGGCACUGUUGGGACUCAUCUUGCCUAGCAUUGAGUUUUGUUACAUGAAAGCGGGCCAGGCCGUCACAUACACGGUGGUGAUGCAAUUUCAGGUGGUGUUUACAGUUUCUGCAACUAUAUUUUGCAUCGUCGGGAUGGUGAUCAACAACGAUUUUCAUGCUAUUUCAAGAGAGGGAAGGGAUUAUGGACUUGGGGAGGUGAAGUAUUAUGUGGUGCUGGUCUCAAGUACUAUAGUAUGGCAGUUCUCGUUCAUAGGAACCCUAGGCGUUGUCUAUUGCAGCUCAUCGCUCUUCGCUGGCAUUGUAAGUGCCGUCCUACUACCGUUUAUGCAGGUCGCAGCGGUUAUAGCCUUCAAGGAGAAGUUUACAGGAGAGAAAGGCAUGUCCUUAGCCCUAUGCCUAUGGGGUUUCACCUCUUACUUUGUUGGAGAGUAUAAGAGAUCCAAGAAGAUGGCUCCCUUUCCUAUAACGGAACCGAACCAGCCGUCAACCAUGGCUACGUCUGAUGUGAUUUGAAGAAUGAAAAUUUAGAUAGAUUAGUUUAGCAUUCUUCUGCUCUGAAAAGAGAAUAGAUGUGAUUUGAAGAAUGAAAAUUUGGAUAGAUUAGUUUAGCAUUCUUCUGCUCUGAAAAGAGAAUAGAUGUGAUUUGAAGAAUGAAAAUGUAACACUAGGCCAUUACAGCACCGGGUUAGUCCAUGUUGAUGUUUGUAUGAUUACAUAAAUCUUAUAUUCAUCUUCUAUUUUUCUCU